UAUUUGUGUCUGAGAGUUGAAUUUGUGAUGGAACUCGGUUUUAGGCACCAACUUGGCCUUGUUUGUGUCAUAUUCCUCUUCCCUGCACUCUGCAACUGCAAGGAAUAUUUCACCAACUCAAGAGCAACCUAUUAUGGCAGCCCCGACGGCUACGGUACUCCAACCGGAGCAUGUGGAUUCGGGGAGUAUGGAAGGAAGAUGAAUCGGUACGAUGGAAGAGUGGCAGGGGUCUCUGGGCUAUGGAGGAAUGGAGCUGGUUGUGGCACGUGUUAUCAGGUAAAGUGCAAAAUACCAGAACUGUGCGAUGUGAAUGGAGCAUUCCUGGUGGCAACAGACCAGGGUUACGGAGACAGAACGGACUUCGUAAUGAGCCCACGGGCGUUCUCAAGAUUGGGACGCAAUCAAAAUGCAUCUGCAGAGCUAAAGAAAUACGGUACAGUGGACAUUGCAUACAGAAGAGUUCCAUGUACGUUCAUGGGCAACGUCUUGUUUCACAUAAAGGAAAGUAGCAGCAACCCUGGUUACUUGGCCGUUCUGAUUCUGAAUGUAAAUGGAAAAUACGACGUCAAUGCUGUUGAAAUGUGGCAGAAAGGGCAACAACGAUGGGAACCCCUUCGAAGAGUGUAUGGGGCAGUGUUUGACUUUGCGAAUCCACCCAGAGGUGCAAUCCUGCUGAGAUUUCAAGUUGGCGUUAAUUGGAUGACACCAAACAUCCCUAUCCCUUCUAAUUGGAAGCCUGGAGCUACUUAUGACACCAAACUUCAGCUUUAAACAUCAACACAUUAUUACAAAUAACUCUCCAUGCUUCU